AUGUCGGAUUGGAAGCUUCGCGUGGUGUCGCUGCUGCCGGCCGCGACUGACUCCGUGACGGCCUUGGGAUUGACGAGCGCGCUGGUUGCGCGCACCCACGAGGUGAAUGCGACUGAUGUGACUGUGGUGAUUGCAACCGUGGUGAAUGUGACUGUGGUGAAUGCAACUGUGGUGGAUGUGACUGUGGUGGAUGCAACUGUGGUGGAUGUGACUACAUUUCUUGGAUUUGCUGCUGCAGAUGCUGCUGCUGCUCCCUCGUCUCCGCAUGCAUCUGACCCCGCGUGCGACCUGCUGCUGGAGUGGUUCCUCUCGCCCUACCGUGUGGACGUUGCCAUGCUGAAACGGCUUCGACCAGACGUCAUCCUGACUCAGCUGCAAGAAGAGCCUGAGGUGCUUUCCUUCGCGGAUGUUCAAAACGUGCUGUCUCACGUGCUCGGCUCACAAGUCAAGAUCGUUCAUCUCGACCCUCCAUCCCUCGUCGAGGCGAUCAACGACGUCCGUAGGAUCGGCGCCGCUCUCGGCCAAUCGCAGCGCGCCGAAUCCACGGCGAAGGACCUCAUGCAGCGAAUCCAGACCGUCCGUGGGAUGUGCGCGGGCAGACCGAGAAAAAAAGUUGUCUGCAUCCAAUGGCUGGAUCCGAUUUUCCUGGCAGGGGCAUGGGUUCCAGAUUUGAUUCGAUUGGCCGGCGGCACGGGGUCAGAAAGUUCCAGGAUGGUUCCUGAAGAGGAGCUCCAGGAUUUAAUCAGAGCCGCUGAUGCGGUGAUCUUUGCGGUGUGCGGCUGUGAUCUGCCGGCGUCCAUUGCUGCGGUGAACAAAGAGGCUGUGCAGAAAUGGAAAAUGUUUCGAGGAGAGAGGGGUAGUGGGGUGGAGGCGUCUGGGGGGGCAGAUCAGUCCUUAGCAGUGUCGUCAUUAUCAUCAUCAGCAGCAGCGGCAGCACCAUCAGCAGCAUCAGCAGCAUCAGCAGCAGCAGCAGGAGGAGGAGGAGGAAUUUCCGUAGGUGCAAGAGCAGCACAUGGGCCAUUGCCGAGCCUGCCCACCAUGGCUGUGGUGGAGGCUGCGAGGCUGUUCUCCAGGCCCGGGCCGAGCCUGGUGGAGUCUCUGGAGGUGCUGGCAGAGAUCCUCCACCCCGAAACCCAGAGGUUCGGGCACCAGCGCACGUGCUGGGCGGAGCUCCCCUAUCCUGCUGCCUUGUAA